AUGCUUGAACGUUUAAUGAAAGGAAUGAUUUUAAAUUAUCAACAACAAUGGAUACUUGAUAAUAUACCUAUUAUGUUACGUUAUAGAAAUACUGAAAAUCGAGAAUUUAGUUCCCAUAGUUUUCCUAUUGGCUGUUAUGUAACUAAAAGUGGUCAAACAAAAGAAUCAUGUAAUAUUCGUGAUGGGCAAAAUGAUAUAUUUUAUGUAUUUAAUCAUUUGGAUUUUGAAAUAACUUAUCAUAAUGAACUAGAUAAAAUAUGGGAAAGUGCAUUGAGUGAAGAUAGUAGUCGAAUUAUUUCAGCGAAAAUACAAGUUAAUAGUUUAAAUUCAAAUAGAUGUGAUCGUGCUAAUGAACCAGUUAUGUUUCAAUCAACAAGCAAAGAUGUUGAAAUUCCAUUUAUAUACACUACAAUUUAUAAAAAAUGA